AUGCAACUACCAGACGGCAGGUGGCUAUUCAGAGACAUUUCUUUUGAAUUAGAGGAGGGUGAUACGUUGGUAAUGCGAGGACCAAGUGGUGUUGGCAAAACGACAUUGCUAAAGUGUAUCGCUGAAUUGAUUCCUUAUGAGAAGGGCUACUGUACGUUGUAUGGUAAGGAUGUAAAUGACUAUACGAUUCCUGUCUGGAGGUCUCGUGUGAUGUAUGUGCCUCAGAGGCCUUCUGUGCAUCCUGGAACACCAAUGGACUUUUUCAAUAUGGUUAAAAAGUACGCAAGCCAGAAAUCCAAGACAUUGGACGAUCCAGUCAAAAUUGGCACUGAAUGGAAUCUAUCCCAUGAUCAUUUUGUAGAGAAAUGGAGUAACCUGUCUGGUGGAGAAAUGCAAAGAUGUGCUCUGGCCAUUGCUCUUGCCUUGAACCCUGACAUCUUGCUCCUCGAUGAACCCACUUCAGCAUUGGAUCCAGAAUCAAUCAAACUCGUGGAAAAUACACUCAAAUCAAAGACAUGUAUCUGGAUUUCCCAUGAUCCGGGACAGCAAGAACGAGUAGCUACAAAUACCCUCACACUGACUAGAUCACAUGCGCCUACUCCAGCAGAUUCUGUGAAAAGUCAAGACAGAAACAGCAACCACAGCUCAACCACAGUUCAAAUGUCUUGA